UGGAGAGAGAGAGAGAGUGGAUUACAAUUUACUUUAUUAAGGAAAAUACGUUGAGCAAAAUAUGUUUUUAUUUGGCGCGUAAGGUAUACAACGAGACAUUAACAAUCAAGUCGUGGCGGUGUUAAGAAAUACACAAAAUAAAACAUCCAAUAAUAUUUUAUUUAUACAAAACAAAACGCUUAACAAAAUUUCAAAAGAUACACUAACUACUAUUUUCAAAUAGCUAUCAACAGAAAACGUUAAUUAUAAAAAUUCGUUAAUAAAAAAGUUAAAGAAAAAACCGGCUUGUUUUAAAAAUUCAAAUAAAGUUUCAUAAAAAACCUAACAAAAAAAAUACUCAAAAUUUGUUGUUAUUUAACAAAAAUUAAAAACAAAAAAAUACUCGAAUAGGGUUUAAAAAAAUUCCAUUAACCAGACUACAAAAUACUCCAGAAACAAUUGCUAAACAUUUUUAAAAAAAAUUAAACAAAAGACACAAGGAAAAUAAUUAACAAUAAAAUUCUCUAUUUACAAUUUAUAAAAAAAAGAACUGACAGUAACAGAGUUGUGUUUAACUCUGUUAACCUUUAAAAUAUUCGUGUGAAAAGAAGAAAAAGAGACCAAAACGCAGGCGCUUUAAUGCCCCCAGUAUUUGCAAAAGUGUAGGCGUUAAUCAAAUAAUGAACAAUAGUGUGUGUUUUGUAACCUUAACGUUAAAGGACACAUUCAAAAGGACAUUACCUUCCCCACCAUCAGCAUUAUCAUCUUCUGACAACGUAAUAAUUAAACAUUUGCUACGAAAUUCGUCAUUUAACUAUUUUAAUGUACCGCAAAGAAAUUGCUGAAAAUUGUAUUCAAAAGUUUCACACAAAACAACAAGAAAAUAACAAAAACAAUAAUAAAAAUAAAUUACAAACAACUUAUACUCAAAACAUAUCCCGAACUUAGUAUUUAUUUGUUUAAAACAAAUUAAAAAUUUAAAAAAUUACAACAAAAUAUUUAUUAAAACUAGUGUUAAAAUACUAAAGUAAUCUCAUAUUUAUUAAUAUUAUUUAUUAAAUAACAAAAAAAUCUCAUCAUAUAUCUUAUAUACAAAAUACAUAAACAACAACAACAACAAAAAUCUAUUCAAAAUGUCAUCAACCUCAUCGGAAUCGAAUCUUAAACACAAUAACGCCAUGUUGGCCACCGAAGAAAGUUCACAUUUGUUGGAAAAGGCUGUAAAUGGAACUGAAAAAUAUGGCUCACAACCAGCGGAUCAAGAUAACUUACUCAGUAACAUGGUUCACACGAGCGAAUCGAAUUCAAAAACUCUGCCACAAUAUGUGGCAGCCUUAUCGGCCGCUGGCGGAGCCUUUGCAGCUGGUACAGUGUUAGGUUGGACCUCGCCGGCUCAAGCAGAACUAACAAAUGCUAAAUAUAGUUUCACAGUGGAUGAAAAUGCUUUCUCAUGGAUCGGUUCGGCUAUGACUUUGGGUGCCGCCUUUGUUUGUAUACCCAUAGGUUUCCUAAUCAAUCUUAUUGGUCGUAAACUAACUAUGCUGUUGUUGGUGUUGCCCUUCACUUUGGGUUGGUGUCUGUUGAUCUGGGCCCAGAAUGUGGAAAUGAUGUAUACGGCUCGUUUUAUAUUGGGUGUCUCCGGUGGCGCCUUCUGUGUAACAGCUCCCAUGUAUACGGGAGAGAUAGCACAGAAAGAUAUUCGUGGCUCAUUGGGUAGUUUCUUCCAGCUGAUGAUAACGGCUGGUAUUCUAUUUGUGUAUGCCAUUGGUGCCGGCUUAAAUGUAUUUUGGAUGAGUAUUGUAUGCGGUAUUUUACCUUUAGUAUUUGGGGCUAUAUUUGUAUUUAUGCCUGAAUCUCCUACCUAUUUGGUUAGUAAAAAUAAUAACGAAAGUGCUGUUAAAUCAAUUCAAUGGUUGCGCGGCAAGGACUACGAUUACAGAAUGGAAAUCGAAGAAUUAAAGGAGACUGAACAAAAAAUUAAGGAUACUCCCGUUUCUAUUGGCAGUGCUCUCAUGCGUCCUGUUACCCUUAAAGCAUUGGGCAUCAGUUUGGGUCUUAUGUUCUUCCAACAAUUGUGUGGUAUCAAUGCUGUCAUUUUCUAUUCAACCGAUAUUUUCAGGGAUGCUAAUACCGGUAUUAAUGAAAACCUUUCGACCAUUGUUGUUGGCAUUAUGCAGGUCAUUGCCACUUUUGUCUCCGUUAUGGUUGUCGAUAAAUUGGGCCGUCGCAUCUUGCUCUUGGCCUCCUCCAGUGUUAUGGCCAUUGCCACCACCGCCAUGGGCGUCUAUUUCUAUAUGAAGCAACAAGAUGAAGCAUCCGUUACCAAUCUCGGCUGGUUGCCCGUUAGCAGUUUGUGUAUAUUCAUCAUUAUGUUCUCGAUUGGUUUCGGACCCGUGCCCUGGUUGAUGAUGGGUGAAUUGUUUGCUUCUGACAUUAAGGGCGUGGCCGGUUCCAUUGCUGGCACCUCCAAUUGGGUGUUGGCCUUCAUUGUAACCAAGACAUUUGUUAACUUGAAAGAAGCCAUUGGCAGCGGUCAAACAUUUUGGCUAUUUGCUGGCAUUACAGUGGUAGGAGCCAUCUUUGUAUUUGUGUUUGUUCCCGAAACCAAGGGCAAGAGUUUGAAUGAAAUUCAAGAUGAGUUGAGCGGCAAAUCAAACAGAAAUCAAAGCAAUGGUAAUGCUAUCUAAAUGAAGAGUCUCGCCGUGUAAGCAGUCAGUUUUUAAGCAGGAGAUUUUAAGAAAAUAAAGAAAGGCAUGUCUCAGCAUGUCCUUACACAACAACACUAAAACACAUUUAUUAAAAAAAAAACAAACAAAAUGGAAAAUGAAAACAUGCUUUUAAUUUUCAUCUCAUCAUGUCAUUUGUUAAACAUUUUAUUAUUAUUUUUAUUUAGUUUAGAAACGAUUUCUUUUGUUUUGAUGUUUUCCUUUAAUGUUAAAAGCAAGGACUUUUUUAUAAUUUUAAAUAGAAACAUUUAUGUAUACUAAGAAAAGAAUUUAUUAACAAUACACAUACAAAUUAAUAAAAAUCUAUUAAAAUAGAAACAAAUUUGAAAAAUGUUGGUUAGGAAACUGUUUAACCUUUUUCCAUUUCCGGUGGCAAUUACAAAAAUAUAAGCAUGUGUAUUGUUUGUGUUUAAAUUAUUACUUUAUGUUAAUUUAAUAAGUCUAAGUACAUAAAUGUAUAAUUUUAACAGCAUUUUGUGUAAUAUUUGUUUUUAUUUUAAAUUCCUUUUCAAACAUUUCUUUAUUUAUUUAUUUGUAAUUUUUGUUUAUAACAAAAUAUUAUGUGUGCUUUUGCUUUAAUGUUAAUAAUCAAUAUGAAAAUGUGUUAAUAAUAUUUUACAAAAAAAAAAAACAACCUACAAAUGUAAAUACAUAUUUAAAAGUUGUUUGGUUUAUUUUAAUUUUGCACUCUAUAAGACUGAAAUAAUAUGCAGAAAUAUAGUAUUUUUUUAACAAUAUUUAAAAUAGAGUUUUUGGCACAGUUUAAGUUGAAAUAAUUAACGGGUUUUGGGUUAUUUUAAUAUUAAAUUUAAUAAUUUUAUUAAAACUAAGGAGUGAGAUCGAAAAAUUCUUAACACACGUUUUUCAUUACAUUUUUUAACCCAAGUAUUAUUUGAAUUUUUUUUUGAUCAAGUUACCUUUGAAAAACAUGUCAGUUAUUAUGUGUAAUGUCAAUUAUAUUAAUUUUUUUGUUAAUCUGAUUAAAAUGAGUGACCAGAAAAAAGUGCGUACUGAAAUUAUUAAAUAUUUUCAACAAAACCCAACUUGGUCUUACAAAAAGUUGGCCAAGCAUACAAAGGUCUGCCGUCAAACUGUUUCCAAUGUUAUUAAACAGUACCGGGAGAACUUGUCAGUUGAUAGAAAACCUGGUUCAGGUAGAAGGAAUGGUCCACAUGAUGUUUCUAAAGCCAAAAAAAUAGAACGCAUUUUCAAAAGAGCUCCCAACACAUCCGGUAGGAAAGCAGCCCGGUUAGCUCAGUGCUCGGACUAUUUGGUACGAAAAGUUAAAGCUAAUGCAGGUUUAAAAACAUACAAGGCUCAAAAAGUUCCUGACAGGAACGCUACUAAAAAUUUAGAGGCCAAAAACAGAGCACGGAAAUUGAAGUCAAGUUUUAUAAAAAAAUAUUCUUGCUGCAUAAUGGAUGACGAAACGUAUGUUCUGGCAGAUUUUUCGCAACUUCCAGGUCAAAAAUUUUAUGUUGCUGAUGCUCGAGGGAAUGUUGAAGAAAAGUUUAGGACCCAAAAGCAGACAAAAUUUCCCAGAAAGUUCUUGGUAUGGCAAGCAAUAUGCAGUUGCGGCAAAAGAAGCCACUCAUUUGUUACAACGGGCUCUAUAAAUACCGAAAUUUACAUCAAGGAAUGUUUACAAAAAAGGCUGCUUCCAUUCAUAAGACUUCAUAAUGUGUCCACUUAUUUUUGGCCUGACUUGGCAUCCUGUCACUAUGGCAAACAAGCCCUUGAGUGGUACAAGAACAAUAAUGUGGUAUUUGUACCAAGAGAGGCAAAUCCUCCAAACUGCCCGGAGCUAAGGCCAGUGGAGAGAUAUUGGGCUCUUGUUAAAAGAGAAUUGAAGAGUACAAAAAAGGUGUCCAAAAGUGUGGUAGAUUUUAAACGGAGAUGGACUACAUGUUCGAGCAAAGUGACAGAAAGCACUAUAAAAACGUUAAUGGAAGGGUUUCCGAAAAAGGUUCAAAAUUUCAUCACUAGUGAUUAAAACUAUAAAAAUAAUUUUUUUUGUAAAUUGUAAUAAUAAUUUCAAUCAAAUAAAAAAAAAAUUAAAGCUGUAAGUUUAGUGGUUUCUUUUUUAUAAACAUAUAUGUAUGUUAAGAAUUUUUCGAUCUCACUCCUUAUGUUAAGAUCUUCGAACUGUUAAAUAACAUGAUGUUAAACUGUUUUAAAUGUCUAAUAACACAAAAGCAUUAGUGAAUCAACUAAAGAAUUGAAUGAAUAAUAUCUUGCCUAAUUCCAACAAUAACUGUAUAAUGUUUACAAAAUAUUUAUGAAAAUUAAUGAUUUUUAACGAAAUCAAAAAUUACAAGAUUUUAUCAUUUAAAUUCCGCACGAAUUCUUUAACUUAAAUAAAGCCUUAUUUCAUAAAACAAAGUAAAUAAAAUGAUGGAAAUAUAAAUUAAAUUAUUUAUAAAAUAAGACUAGGCAACUAAAAGCACACAUAAAUUAUUUCAAAUCAAAAAUUUUUUAAGGGUUUUCACAACUUAAUAAAAUUGUUUCUUCCCUUAAUAAUUAUUUUCUACAUUUUAUUUUAUAAAUGUUAAUUUGUUUUUUAAAUUUUAAGACUAUUUUUGUUUGUAAAUUAUUAAAACUUUUUUGUCUAAACAACAACAAAAAAACGAGCAAUAUUUUAUAUACAUUUUAACAAAUUUUAAAAGCAUUUAUCAUAAAAAAAAAUUUCUAAACUAAUUUAUGUUUUUCUUGCUGUUUUUUUUAUACAAAUAAUGUUUUCUUUUUAAUCUUUAUAAUGCAUCAUUUUCUUAUUUAACAAAAUAUUUUAUUAUUUUUAUUUUCAAUUAAAGGAAAAAUCAAAAAAUAAACAUUACAAUAAUUUUUAGCUUAGUUUUUAAGUAAGAAAAAUUGCAUUUCGUUUACAAGAAAAAAAAAGAAGAAAAAUAUUGUUUUUUAUAUUUAUUAUUAUUUUUUUUUUAACAAAUCACAUACAUCAUUAUAUAAAAAAAUGUUUUUAUUAAGUAUAUAACAUACAUUACUAAAAACAAAUGUUUAAUAAUUUAAUAAAUUUUAUAUUUUAUACACCAUUAAGAAAAUAUAUUAAAAA